AUGUCGCCUACGCAGAAAGCUCCGACAAACGACAAGGCACGUACCUUAGCUCGCGGUUUUACCGGCUCAGAUAUAGAUAUCCAGGCACAGCAACUUCUUCACAUCAACACAGCAGCAGCUUCGCAGGACAACCUAUCAGCUAGAACUUUGUUGAAUCAUUUGUCGUUAUCGAAUCCCACCCGCAUCAUCUUUACCAUGAGUCAACUUGGUGGUCCAGGUUCUCGACAAGCCAAUGCCAAGCCUAUUCCUCCCCAACGUGGCAGUUUCCCACUUGAUCAUGACGGCGAAUGCAAGCAUGUUAUAGCUACUUAUCUCGAGUGCAUCAAGAAAGUACGAGGAGUGAACGACGCUGAAUGCCGCGACCUUGCUAAAUCCUACCUUGCAUGUCGGAUGGAUCGGUAA